CAAAUCUCUUUGCAUUACUUUUAAGCAGUCGCAGGCUUUAAAAGUUGCAAGAAUGUCUGGUACUUAUUGAGCUGAUUAAAAUGUUAACGCUGUAAUUUGAAUAUUUGAAUUAAUUUUGACAAUCUUUUCUAAAACAUCGGCUCAUUUAAAAGAACUCUUUGAUAUCUGAUGUAUAUAUUUAUGGUUAUUAAUAAAUAAUUGAUAUAACAGUUAAUAGCAGCAUAAAUAUCUUUAUAUCUAUGUCUAUUGAAGUCAUUGAAUCAAUAUCCAUCGGGCUAGCCUCCGAUGUCAUCCUUUCACUCCAUAACACUUAGGACAUCAUGCUCGCACUGAGUGAUUGAUUCAAAACAUGGGCACGACCAAUGGAUUAAUUAUACCCAAACAUGGCAUUAGCCCAGGUUGUUGGUCCUGCUAUUCUGUUAGAGAAUUGGAUAAGCAAUUGAUAUACUUGGCAUGGGACUAGUGUUUCCUGCAGAUUCACAUUAAUCGGACAAUUAACUGGAUGGAGAUCGUGAAAUUUGAAAUAAUUGCCAUAGCAAUAAAGACCAUAUUAUUUUUGUGGAAUUUCAAAAAGAGUAUUGGUGGAUAAAUGCGCAUCGUUAAUCGUUUCUCAGCUUUUUAAACGGAUAAUCUAUGAACCAAUGAUUAUUUGUGAAACAGAUUUCAACAUUUAUGAAUUAUUUCAUUUCUUGUAAUUGGAGAGCCAUGUUUUCUACAUAAUCUUCUUGAAAGGAUAUUCUACGCUUUGGAUCAAUCUUUAUUGUUAUUUUUCAUGACAAUUUAGACUGUUGUUUGUCUCUGUUAAAUGAGAUAAAACAGUGUGACAUUUCCAUCAAAGACAGAGUAACCAAGGUGUCAAGUUGGUCAGUUAUGGCAUCUGAGACUCAAGCACUAAAUGCGAGGCGCUCGUCAAAAAAGAGAACAAAUUUUAAUGGUACAGAAUGGCCGCAUGACAGUCCAGUAGCACGAGCAUAUGAUGUUAGCAACACCAGCACAAAACUCAUCAUUCUCAACAACAAAUAUGGAAAGAACUCCACAAGACUGCGUGGUUACUACACCGGCCCAAAGAAACCAGACAGAUAUGUCGACCCUGAAAGACACAGAGCAAAGAGCCCCCGUUUUCACCCAGAGUGGCAUGACCGCUGUUUGGACUCAAGUUCUCCAAAGUUUGAACCCACAGUUCGAUCCCACCUGGAAUGGGUCAACUCGAGUGAACGGCCUCCUAAUGCGCUGAUCGUUUCCGUAAGGUCUGGGUUAGCCGAUUCUGACCUUUCCCUUGACCUGUCCACCAUCGGGCCUAGCUCUGUGAAGGAGAAGUCCACCCCUCGUUCAGCCAGGAGUCCACGAUUGUCACCUAAACAAAACUUGUACACAGCGAAGUCCUCAGUGAACCGGAAUCGACAUGCAAUGUGCCGGUCCACUCCUACCUACGACCCAGAAACACGUGCAGUCAGCAGGAUCUCCAUGCCUCCGUCCAAAUAUUUCAGUGACUUUUCGGAGAUGAGCGCAGGUGAGAAGCUGUACCUGUGGAGUAUAGAGCGUAUCUACAGCAUGGAUCGGAUGAAGCAACUCAAACAGGAUCAGUACAAGAAACUUCUUGAGAUGGAGGCAAAGAAAGAUGAUUUAGAGAGAGGAAAGUAUGAGCCAGGAGAAUACAAGAGGUACAUGAGGUAUAUCAACAGUGCCAAGGACAGAACAUAUGGCACAGGGUCACCUUCAGAUCGGCGGGCAAGGUCAGCCUACUCGUCAAGGUCAAAGAGUGCAACCAGCAGCAGGGUGAGCACUGCAAAACAAGAGUCUAGGCAAGAUGAACAGGAGAAAACAGAAUCUCAGCAGCAACAACAAGAAAGACCAAAGACAUCUCGUGGCCAAACAAGACAAGAACAAACGAGCGAGACCAAAACAGAGCAGAAACCAAAGGAAGAAGAGACCAGACAGGCAAAUGCAGACCAGAAACCCAGCCGACCUAAGUCACCCUAUGGCUCUCCAAGUCCCAGCCGGCGGAGCUCUGCGAGGUCGACAAGCACAAGGUCGAGGACCCCAAGCCAGAGGUCGCUCAGGUCCAAGGCAAGCAGUCGAGCAUCUAGUGCAUCCUCCGCGAAGCAUGCUGGGAAAGCGGGUGACAAAGAGGAGUCGGAGGUGGCACCAGUUCAACGGCACAUCGAAGGCAAAGACAGACCCAAGUCCAGACUGGGUCACCCUCAUCAUGAUGACAUAGAUAAAGAGGACGAACUUUUAUAUCAGCAGAUCCCAAAUAAAGAUUCCACAACCUCAUCCGCUUCUAGUGAUUCUGAGCAAACUAAAACAAAGAAACGUGAGGAGGUAGAUGAAAUUGAACAAGUGAAGCAGAACAACAAACCCGCCCCUGUCAGGAACGAAAAAAUGGGCAGCAAAGUGAGCAUCAACAGUCGGGCUAGCGUCACAAGCAAAGGAUCCAGAAAGAGCACCGCCAGCGCCAAACAGAAUGCUUCCCAAAGUUCCCAGAACGAUUCCAACAAGACAGAUGACGUCAAAGUGCACCGCGUUCCGAGCACUGGUUACAUUGAAGGAGAGGUGAAGACUGGAGUUGCCAAAUCAGAUAACAAAAAUUUAGAAACAGAUAGAGAAGAAAAGAGACAGUCAGAUGCCAAUGAACAAGAGACUGAUGAAUCAAAACUUGCUAAAGCUAAAUUGGAUGGAAAAGUGAAAUUCGAAUCUGAAAAAGAGCAGAAAGAUCAAAGUGUUGACAAUAUUGAUGAUGGUAAGGCAGAAGAUGAUACCUCUGAACAGAAAAAAGAACAAUCAAAUAAAGAUGAAUCAGAAAGAAUGAUGAAUAAGACUGAUGAUGACAAAACUGAUGUUGACGAUGAGAGAGUAAGGAACAAGCUGAACAGACAAGACUCCUUUGAUGAAGCUGACGAGGACGUUGAAGAUCGGAGAGUUAAGGAUCCUGACAAGUUGGAAUACUAACAAUAAAUAUAGGUCAUUUUUAAACUGGUAAUAAAAAUGUGGUUGUAGGUUAAUUAAUUAAAAUCUUUUACACUAAUCACUGUGCCUCAUUUGUAUUUUCUAUAAAUUCUGAAUAUCUGAUUGUGCAGAGUCGUUGUUUGCCUUCACAUCAUGAUGGAUGUCACUGCACAUAUUUACUGGAACAAAUAAGGGAUCUGAUUUCGGGCUUUUGUUCUGGUACAUGUGUCAAAUUGAAAAGAUGGGAAAUGAAAGUAGGCAUUUACAUUUUCAAAUAGAUUUUUACCAGUAAAUGUUUGGUUAAUUUUAUUAAGACAUUGUAUGCCAUUGUACACUGUGGCCUUUAUCUUUAGUGAUGUUGUUACGACAGUGAUAUAUCAAAUAGCUAAGUUUCUUGCAAGAUUCUCUUUGUUUUAUCUUUUAUGAAAGAAACAUAUUUGAUCAUUUCGUACGCCUUUUAAGUAUUUCCAAAAAGCAUUAUUUUUGUGAUACGCCAAUUUUGUAUUUCCAGAAGCGUUAUUGUUGUGAUUUUGUGUUUGUUACCUGUGUGUAUCUCUUCUAUUGUCUUAAUGAAAUCUUGUGUUUAUAUUGUUAAGUUUAAGUAUUUUACUUUUAGUUCUUCUUAUUUUAUAAAUUUAAGGUAGAGAUUAAUUAAAAUGAAUGUCAUAUAUUUUUAAAGAACAGAUAGUAGUAUAGAGCUGUCAUUUCUCCGUAUUGGUUGUUAUGGUUUUGCUAGAGCUUCUACUCAAUAAAUUCUCGUUUUCCAUUA